GGGAUAUGGGGGAGGUGCCAGACCGUGCUCAUGUGACUUAUCACAUGACUACAGAUCAACCAGAAAGCCAAAAUGGGACUCCAAGCCCGCCUCCUAGGGCUCUUUGCUCUCGUCAUCGCUGGCAAAUGCACUUACAGCCCUGAGCCGGAUCAGCGGUGGAAGCUGCCUCCAGGCUGGGUGUCCCUGGGCCGAGUGGAUCCCGAGGAAGAGCUGAGUCUCACUUUUGCGCUGAAACAGCAGAACCUGGAAAGACUCUCGGAGCUGGUGCAGGCUGUGUCGGAUCCCAGCUCUCCUCGAUAUGGAAAGUACCUAACCCUAGAGGAUGUAGCUGAGCUGGUCCAACCAUCACCACUGACCCUCCGAACUGUCCAAAAAUGGCUUUCAGCAGCCGGAGCCCGGAACUGUGACUCAGUGACCACCCAGGACUUUCUGACUUGCUGGCUGAGUGUCUGGCAGGCUGAGCUGCUGCUCCCCGGAGCUGAGUUCCAUCGCUAUGUAGGGGGAGCUGCAAAGACCCAUGUUAUAAGAUCUCCACAUCCCUACCAGCUUCCCCAGGCCUUGGCCCCUCAUGUGGAUUUUGUGGGGGGGCUGCACCGUUUCCCCCCUUCGUCAUCUCUAAGACAACGUCCAGAACCACAAGGGGUAGGAACUGUUAGCCUGCACCUGGGAGUGACUCCGUCUGUGCUCCGUCAGCGAUACAACCUGACUGCCCAAGACGUGGGCUCUGGCACCACCAACAAUAGCCAGGCCUGUGCCCAGUUCCUGGAACAGUACUUCCAUAACUCGGACCUGACUGAGUUCAUGCGCCUGUUCGGUGGCAGUUUUGCACACCAGGCCUCGGUUGCAAAAGUGGUUGGCAAGCAGGGGCGAGGCCGAGCUGGGAUCGAGGCCAGUCUAGAUGUGGAAUACCUGAUGAGUGCUGGUGCCAAUAUCACCACUUGGGUCUACAGUAGUCCUGGCCGCCACGAGGCACAGGAGCCCUUCUUACAAUGGCUCCUGCUUCUUAGCAAUGAGUCAUCCUUGCCGCAUGUACAUACUGUGAGUUAUGGAGACGAUGAAGACUCCCUCAGCAGCACCUAUAUCCAAAGAGUCAACACUGAGUUCAUGAAGGCUGCCGCUCGGGGUCUCACCCUCCUUUUUGCUUCAGGUGACACUGGAGCUGGGUGUUGGUCUGUCUCUGGAAGACACAAGUUCCGUCCUAGCUUCCCUGCUUCUAGCCCCUAUGUCACUACAGUAGGAGGAACCUCUUUCAAGAAUCCUUUCCUCAUCACAAAUGAAGUAGUUGACUAUAUCAGUGGUGGAGGCUUCAGCAAUGUUUUCCCACAGCCUUCCUACCAGGAGGAAGCAGUAGCCAAGUUCUUGAAAUCCAGCUCUCAUCUACCACCAUCUAGCUACUUCAAUGCUAGCGGCCGUGCCUACCCAGAUGUCGCCGCACUUUCUGAUGGCUACUGGGUGGUCAGCAACAUGGUCCCCAUUCCAUGGGUGUCUGGAACCUCGGCCUCUACUCCAGUGUUUGGGGGAAUUUUAUCCUUGAUAAAUGAGCACAGGAUCCUCAAUGGCCGCCCCCCUCUUGGCUUUCUCAAUCCCAGGCUCUAUCAGCAGCAUGGGGCAGGACUCUUUGAUGUGACCCAUGGCUGCCACGAGUCCUGUCUGAAUGAAGAAGUGGAGGGUCAGGGUUUCUGCUCUGGUCCUGGCUGGGAUCCUGUGACAGGUUGGGGAACACCCAACUUCCCAGCCCUACUGAAGACCCUACUCAACCCUUGACCUUUUCCUGCCCUGACGAGAGAGCAGAACUGUUCCCUGUACUAAAAGGGAAGGCUCAGUUUCUUAUUAUUCCUCAAUGGAAGCCCUGCUGAACUCUUAACUGUUGCCUGCUGCAGAUAGCUUCUCCCUAACCCUCAAAUGCUGUUAGCAGGACUUGACCCCCAGUCCUACUGUGCAUCAUCAAACUCAGGUCUCCAAACUUCUACUUCAAGAUCCUCAGCAGGAUGCUAGAACCAGCAUAUUUGCCUCACCCUGACCCCAUCUCUCCUUCCUCUUUCUGAAAGCAGGACGAGAAGGUUCAGUCUUCCAUUACUGACACUAGCAGGCCCAUCCAAAGCUUCCCACCUCUGCACUGACUGGAUGCGCUAUUUCUCUUGGAGUUUGCUUUUCCAUUCACUGAAAUGAGAACUUUGGCUAAUCGGUUAGUCUUCUUCCUCUGGCACUGAAGUACAAUGGUCUCCCUGACAUUUUAUCCCAUUAUACACUUUUCAAUGCUUGCUUUAUGGGCUUUCUUGUUUAAGAACAGGUUGGCGGCAAUCUACAUAACUAUUCUAAAGAAAGUUAAAACUUGAAAACUCAAAAAUGUUUCAAAUAUGUUCUCAUUGGCAAAAUUCCUCAACAAAAUAAAUAGGUCAUUACAAAUUUUGCUUUAAA